AUGUCGAAGGAAGGUUUAAUUCCUGGUUUUGACAUGAAUGUAGAGAAAUGCAGAACAUGUAUGUUGACUAAGAUAACUAGGAAGAAAUUUGAUAGCAUUGUUAGGGUAUCGGAAGUCCUUGGACUGAUUCAUAGUGAUUUAUGUGAUUUGCAUGCUACACCAUCUCUGGGGAAUAAGAAAUAUUUUGUCACAUUCAUUGAUGAUUAUUCCAGAUAUUGUUCUGUAUAUUUGUUGCACUCUAAGGAUGAAGCCUUAGAGAAAUUCAAGGUUUACAAAACUGAGGUUGAAUUGCAACAAAGUAACUUGAUUAAGAAGUUACGCACCGAUAGAGGUGGUGAGUAUUAUGAUCCUGCUUACUUUCAGUCUGUGGGUAUAAUACAUGAGGUCACAGCUCCUUAUACACCACAACAAAAUGGUGUAUCUGAGAGGAAGAACAGAGUCCUUAAAGAAAUGGUUAAUUCCAUGUUAUCCUACUCUGGAUUGAGUGACGGUUUCUGGGGUGAGGGCAUGUUAACAGCAUGUUACUUGUUGAACAGAGUUCCUAACAAAAGGAACAAGAUAACCCCAUAUGAACUUUGGUACAAAAAGAAGCCUAACUUGAACUACCUUCGAGUUUGGGGCUGCAGGGCUGUAGUAAGACUACCCCAACCAAAGAUAAGAACUUUGGGAGAAAGAGGUAUUGAUUGCAUCUUUAUUGGUUAUGCUGAGCAUUCCAAGGCUUAUAGGUUCUAUGUCAUUGAACCUAAUGAUUCUAUAGCAGUUCACACUGUGAUUGAGUCAAGAGAUGCAAUAUUUGAUGAGAAUCGUUUCACAUCAAUACCUAGACCAAAGGAUCUGGUUUCGUUUGGAACUGGACAAGGAGAUGGUACAAACGUACGUUCCAACAUCUCGGCUUGUGUUCCAACAACCAGCGAGUCACCUGUACUUCGUAGAAGUAAGAGAGGAAGGAUUGAGAAAUCAUUUGGUCCUGAAUUCCAAAUUUAUUUGGUAGAAGGUUCAAGAGAUGAGAUUGUUCUACAAUACUCAUAUUGUUACCUAGUUGGUGAUGAACCUAGGACAUUCAGUGAAGCUAUGGCUUCUAUUGAUGCUGCUUUCUGGAAAGAAGCUGUAAAUGAUGAGAUGGACUCUAUAGUAGGAAGCAAUACUUAUUUCCUGACUGAUCUCCCACCUGGUUGCAAAGCUUUAGGCUGCAAGUGGAUUUUCACAAAGAAAAUGUUGAUCGGUGGUGCAAUCGAUAAGUUCAAAGCUCGAUUGGUUAUACAAGGUUUUAGACAAAGGGAAGGCAUUGAUUAUUUUGAUACAUAUGCUCCUGUUGUCAGAAUCUCUUCUAUAAGGUUCUUGAUUGGUUUAGCAGCCAUUCAUGAUCUUGUGAUCCAUCAAAUGGAUGUUAAGACUGCAUUUUUAAAUGGUGUCUUGGAAGAAGAGGUGUAUAUGGAACAACCAGAGGGAUUUGUUGUGCCUGGAAGUGAGCACAAGGUGUGCAAGCUGGUGAAAUCACUGUAUGGGCUGAAACAAGCUCCUAAGCAAUGGCAUCAAAGAUUUGAUGAAGCUGUCUUGUCUUUUGGUUUUAAGAUUAACCAAUCAGAUAAGUGUUUAUAUAGCAAGUUUGAUGAUUCCAGUAAUGGAGUGAUCAUUUGUCUAUAUGUGGAUGACAUGUUGAUCUUUGGUACCAACCUUAGAUUAGUGGAACUCACAAAAGAGUUUUUGUCAUCAAAUUUCGCCAUGAAGGACAUGGGGGAGGCGGAUGUGAUUCUUGGUAUUAGAAUCAAGCGUGACAAUGGGAGGAUAUGUUUAUCACAAUCUCACUACGUUGAGAAAGUGUUAAAGAAGUUCAAUUACUUGAACUGUGCCCCUGUAAGUACUCCCAUGGAGGCAAGUGUAAAACUUAUGCCUAACACAGGAAAGGCUGUGUUGCAACACGAAUAUUCUCAAGUGAUUGGAUGCUUAAUGUAUGCAAUGACAAGCACAAGGCCAGAUAUUGCAUAUGCAGUUGGAAGGUUGAGUAGAUACACUAGUAAUCCUAGUACUCACCAUUGGCAGGCUGUAAAGCGUGUGCUCAAGUACUUGAGAGGAACCAUGGACUAUGGUUUGUGUUAUGGAGGAUUUCCUUCGGUUUUGGAAGGUUAUUCUGAUGCAAGUUGGAUCACCAACGUGGAAGAUCAUACUUCUACAAGUGGUUGGGUGUUCCUACUUGGGGGAGGUGCCAUUUCUUGGGCAUCUAAGAAACAAACUUGUAUCACAAGUUCGACUAUGGAAUCUGAGUUUGUGGCUUUGGCAGCUGCUGGUAGAGAGGCUGAGUGGUUGAGAAACCUUGUCUCUGAGAUUCCAUUGUGGUCGAAACCAGUGUCUCCUAUCUCAAUCCAUUGUGAUAGUCAAGCAACUUUGGCUAAGGCUUAUAGCCAAGUGUACAAUGGAAAGUCGAGACACCUUGGCGUAAGGCAUAGCGCUGUUCGUGAAUUGAUCACUCACGGUGUGAUAACUUUAGAGUUUGUUCGGUCUCAGCAGAAUCUAGCAGAUCACUUGACGAAGGGUCUGUCUAGGGACUUGGUAAUAAAGUCAGCUGAAGGGAUUGGUUUGAAGUCCAUCUCAAACCUCUAG